AAAGUUUGAAUGAAAGUAGAAAGUUCUUUGGAGAACUUCUAGUAGGUGUAAAAAAUGGGUUCGAAUUUAAAAACAGUCAUAUUUCUCGUCAUUUUCCACUCAAUCAUCUUUCCUGCAUACGCCAACAUCGCUAAAAAUGAAUUACAAGAAGUGGAAGAUCGAAAGCAACUGGGAAACUAUCCAGAGGUAUCGAAAGUUCUCUCGGCCACCACAACUCUAUUGCAAACCAUCGUAGGAGUAAUGUUUCUGCGCUCUACUGUGGCAGAUAUUAAAGCAGCAGCGGGAGAUGUUUUCUUCCAAAUGCGACGAAUGGCCAGUAUUCAAGGAGUAGUAGGCCAGAUUCCGGUGUUUGGAGCUCUAUUGCAGCCUAUUGUCGGCAUCAUAGCUCUAAUACUUUCGAAUAUACCGUACUUGGGAGGAAUGAUAUCCAUGAUUCUUGUAGGGCCCGAAGUUGUUGGGUGCAACGGAGGCGGAAUAUGUUGCUCUUAAUUUAGCUAAUCUUAAUAAAUACAUAAACUAUGAUCAUAUGUCUUGUAUUUUUGGAGUAUGAUUGUUAAUAAUAGGAG